CUUUUGACUUAAAUAUGCUGGUCUGGUCUGGUCUGGUUUUGUAAACUAAAUAUCUGGUCACUUUGUAUUUUAUAAUAUACGGUUGCACAUAAUGUCGCCGGCGCCGCCGGGUGUCGCCGCAGUCGUCCGCACUGUGCGGGACAACCGUGUGAAAGUCCCGUUUCAUCCUGGACAAGCGCGUUCAGCUUCAUCGCCUCCAAAUUGGAAGAACACUUCGGUCUGGAAUUUUGGGAGUCCUUCCCACUGGCGAACUCUAUGGUUCCCUUUGCUCUGUCCAACGUCCGGGACCGUCCUUGCGGCCUGAUCCUCACCAACGUCAUUGAGGCGACUUUACCACCUCCGCCGCCGCAGGAUGCUCUGUUUCUUGACGACACUCUGGUUUUCAACGCCGGCGAUGUCUCACAAUUUGCGGCCGCCCCUGCCCCAUUUUUGCCGGCCGGAUGGAGUUCUGGGAAUGAGACGACUUAUGCCCCGCGGCUGCAGCACCAGGAUGCUCUGUUUCUUGACGGCACUCUGGUUUUCGACGCCGCCGAUGCCUCACAAUUUCCGGCCGCCCCUGCCUCAUCUUUUCCGGCCGGAUGGAGGUCUGGAAUUGAGACGACUUAUGCCCCGCGGCUGCAGCACCAGGAUGCUCUGUUUGUGGACGGCGGUCUUGUUUUCAAUAGCUUUGCCGAUGACCCAUAUUUCCUGGCCGCCGUUUCCCCACCUUUGCCGGCAGAAGGUAUGUCGGAGAAUGAGAUUUCAAGCAUAAAGACAGAAGCUUUUGGUGGCGGAAAAGGCGAGGCUUGUAGUAUCUGCUUAGAUGAUUUUAGGGGAGGGUCGGCGAUCAUAUCUCUAUCGCCAUGUUCCCACAAAUUUCACAAAGGCUGCAUUGCGAAGUGGCUGCGGAGAAGAAGGACCUGUCCGAUGUGCAGAACAAUUGCCUUAGUUUCUUGAAACAAAACCAGAAAAUAUUCAAUUAGUUUAACAGAUUCUUAUUCCAGGAUUUUGUGAAUCCUAUUUUUUUGUAAAGCCUUGGCUGCAAUAUAUAUAGAGCUCUAAUUUGCACUUUUGAUGAGAUUGUUAACUCAAAUUAUGAUAUAUAUUCUCAACUUAUAUACAUAUAUAUAUUUUAAUAUGAACUGAUCUCCAUGUUUACUUAUUUCGAGUAUUCAAC